CAACUUACGUCCGUCAUGCGUGCUCCCGGUUCGAGAACUUACGCAGGACGUGCAGCGGUUGUAAGAGGAAGGAAGAUGGCGGAUAACAAAGACGAGGAGGAGAUGGAACCGUCAUCUAAUGCGGACCCAGUGCCUUCAGGGCAAGCCGAGAAGCAGUCUAGCACAGAAAGCGAAGACAACGUAAUAGCUAUAGAAGCAGAUUCGAAGGGAGAUCCAGAAACCGAGUCUCCUAAGGACGCUAACGAGGAGCUCAAUACCAGCAGUGAAGGAGUGGACGAUAGCACUGACGGGGCAACCGAGGCUACUGCUGCUGCUGCCGCUGUUGUUGCGGCAGAGGAAGCUGACGGUAACGCUAGCAACGCAGCUAGCCCCACCGAGACCAGCAACGGCAACUCAGAACCGUCGGCAGUUGACGCUGUUCCUGCCGCGGAUGCUCCUGUUAGCGGAAACACAACUGAAACAUCUCCAGCUCCGACUGCCCCAGCGGCGGCGGCAACGCCGGUGUCCACUCCUAUUAAUUUACUGGAUACGUGCGCUGUGUGUAAACAAAGUCUCCAGACUCGAGACUGUGAACCAAAACUUCUCCCCUGCCUACACUCGUUUUGCCUGAAAUGUAUCCCGCAGCCGGACAGACAGAUAAGCGUACAGGUGCCUGGUCCACACGGUCAAACGGAUACGCAUAUAGUAAAUGUCAUGCGGUGUUCGGUUUGCCACCAGGACUACAAGCAAAGUGACAUUAUCGACAAUUACUUUGUCAAAGACACAACGGAAGCUACCAGCACAUCUGAUGAAAAAGCUGCGCAGGUGUGCACAAGCUGUGAAGACAACGCUGGGACAGUAGGCUUUUGUGUGGAGUGCGGAGAAUGGUUGUGUAAAACCUGCGUGGAGGCCCAUCAGAGAGUGAAAAUUACCAAAGACCACAAAAUCCGUACAAAGGAAGAUGCUGAUGCUGCGUCUGAUUCUGUCACGACAGGACAGAGGCUAGUUUUCUGUCCCAUCCACAAGCAGGAACCUCUGAAACUUUUCUGCGAGACAUGCGACACUCUAACGUGUCGGGACUGUCAGCUUCUGGAGCACAAGGAGCACAGGUACCAGUUUCUGGAAGAAGCUUUCCAGAACCAUAAAGGAAUCAUCGAAGCCAACAUGGCCAAACUACAGGAAAAAAAGAACUACGUCCAUUACUCUGUGUCUCAAUUGCAAAACAGGUUAAAAGAGCUGGGUGAGACUCAUAGAAAAGUGGAACAUGAGAUCAAGAUUGCUGUAUUCACUCUUAUAAAUGAAAUCAACAAAAAGGGCAAAGCGUUACUUCAGCAGUUAGAGAGCGUGAACAAAGAGAGGAGCUUGAGGCUGAUGGGUCAGCAUAAGGACACCACCCAGCUGGCUCAACAGAUCCACCAUGUGCUCAACUUCUGCAACUGGGCCAUCACUUCAGGCAGCAGCACUGCAUUGCUUUAUAGCAAGAGGCCGAUCAUGUACCAGCUUCGCCAGCUCUUCAAGGCGAGACUGGAGCCAGCCCCACAGUCCAAUGGAGUUGUACGGUUCUUCUGUGACCCAACGUUUUGGGCUAAGAAUGUUGUCAAUUUAGGUAAUUUGGUUAUUGAAAAACCUCCUCCAGUCCCACAACCUCCCGGUGUGAUGGUAGGCGGACCGGCCAUUUCACCAGGCCAAAGUCACCCCGGCAAACAUCCAGGGCAGAUCAACCUGGCUCAGCUCAGGCUGCAACACAUGCAACAGGCUGCAUACGCACAGCAAAAACAUCAACAGCAUCAGCAGCAACAACAGCAGCAACAGCAGCAGCAGCAGAUUCAGCAACAAAUGCGAAUAGCCUCCCAAAUGUCCCAGCAGCAUGCCAGGCCAGGCGGCCCGCCUUUGGUUCAGCAGCAGCCUCCAAGGCUCAUCAGCAUGCAGCAGCUACAAAGAGCUGGAGCUAUCAAUGGUGGGACCAACCCUUCUAUGUACCCCUCCUCCCAUCAUAUGCGUCUGGCUGGUCCACCACAAGGCCGGAUGCCCACAGCUCAGCCCAGACAUAACGGACAGCAGUAUGCCCCGAUGAUGCAGCCUCAAUUACAAAGACAGCAUUCCAACCCCGGACACGCUGGCCCCUUUCCAGUGGCGUCCCUGCAUAACGCCAGUCCCACGAGUCCGACCAGCGCCAGCAUGGCCGGUGCCCACGCACACCGCGGCCCUGCCAGCCCCAUAAUUGGUCCCAUCGAACUCAUCCCCUCCGUCACUAAUCCUGAGAACCUGCCCUGCCUCCCUGAGAUACCGCCCAUCCAGCUGGAAGAUGCUGGUUCCAGCAAUCUCGGAUACCUCCUCUCUCGUUGCAUCUCCGCCAGCCAACAACACCAGCUGGGCUCAACAGACAUGAACCCCUCUCCCGGACUGUCGACUCUUUCUCCUGGAUCGUCAGGUCUAUCCAACGCUCACACACCGGCGCGACCUUCCAGUACGUCAAGUACAGGCAGCAGAGGCAGUUCUAGCUCUGCUGGCAGAGCGGGGACAGGUGGUGGAUCUGCUGCAGAGCAGCUGAAGGUGAAGAAAGAACCCUGCACUGAGGAUGACUACAGCUGCUCCUCUUCUGUGAAGACUGAGCGAGCCAAAGAUGCUGGGAGGAGCGCCUGCAUGAUGAGCAGUCCAGAGAGCAGCCCACUGGGCGCUCCGUCCGCAGGGCCAGAUUCUUACAGGGACGUUGGCGAACGCGUCAAAACGGAGCCCAUGUCUGAGACGUCUUGCUCUGGACUGAACGGCACGUCGUCUUCCACCAGCACUGCGACAAGCCAGACGGGCUCUGCGCUCACCAAUGGAAGCGUAGUCAAAAGAAGUGGGUCGCAUGAUGCAGCGCAGGGCGGUGGCGGGAAAGAUGACGACCCCAACGAAGACUGGUGUGCUGUUUGUAUCAACGGCGGCGACCUUCUCUGCUGCGACCGCUGUCCUAAAGUAUUCCACAUGAAAUGCCACGUACCCACCAUAAAAAUCUUCCCACAAGGUGAAUUUCUCUGCACAUUCUGCCGGAGUAUAGCUGACCCAGAGAUCGAGUAUUGUGAUGAAAGCAAGAGGAUCAAAGGAGAUCAGAGCCUGAGUCCUGAAGACCAGCGGAGAUGUGAACGCCUGCUUCUGUAUAUUUUCUGUCAUGAGCUCAGCAUGGGCUUUAGGGAACCUGUUGCAAGCUCUGUGCCCAACUACUACAAGAUAAUUAAGCAGCCCAUGGACCUAAAGAAGGUGAAGAAGAAGCUGCAGCUGCGAAGCUCCCAGUAUUACAAGUCCACACAGGAGUUUGUGAACGAUAUGCGCCUUAUCUUCAAAAAUUGUGCAAAAUACAACGAGAUGUCUCGAAUAAUCCAAGUUUAUGAUGAGGAGAAAGAGAUUAAUACCCAGGCGGGAUCAGAGAUGGCGAUAUCUGGUAAGGCGGUGAGCCUGUACUUUGAGGAGAAGCUGCAGGACAUAUUCCCGGAUCAGCACUUCCCCGACUCGCCGGAGCCCGGGUCCUCCGACGAGAAGGAGAAGGAGAGGGAGGACGUGGACACGGAGGACUCCGAGGAGGACUUCAUUCAGCCGCGACGCAAACGGUUGAAAACGGACGACAAGCUUGUUCACAUCAAGUAAAAACCCAGCGUAAAGAAACAACAAGUUAAAAGACUGUCUUCCUUUCAUCUCCCAUCUUCUUCUUUUUAAUUACUAUUAUUUUAGGGACAAAACGUUUUCCACACAAACUCAUCAGAUUGUUGCCUUGGAACGAAAGUAUUUACAAGUUUUCUGUCAUUUUAUUCUGCUUCCUCCCGAGAGCGUAAACACGGAUCUCCGAUUUCAAGGACACUGACCCGCUUGUACAGAUUUUAAAGUAGGACUUUCUGUUCUGUUGUAGCUACCAACUGAUUUGUUUUGUUUUCUGUCACCCAUUUGUAGAGUUGUAACAAUUUCUUUAUAAAAGCAUUUAACUUGACUUAUUCUGUUUGAUGUAUAUUAUCUAUGCUUUGACAUUGAGCCUACUAAGUAUUUGUAUGACUUUGUGGAAACGUUGUGUACAUAAGAGAGUCUACAGUAUAGGUGUUUUGGUGCGUCAAUAAAACCUGUUCUUGAAGUACA